AUGAUUGCAUUCAAAGUAAAGGCUCUAAUUUGCCAGGUGAAGAUCAAUCAUUUAAAAGGACAUCUACUGCUUGCAACAACGAAUCGCAGAUGCAGACACACAAAGAGUAAUUCAAAUAAACUACUCAGUUACAGGCCACCUGAUUGGGCAAGCCACCUUCAAAUGAUUCCAUUAUUGAAAGUUAAGCUUUUUCAGCCAUUUACACCUAUUCAUAAAUGGAGUCUUCCAAAUAUACCAGAUGAUAUUGAUAUUUAUAUCAAGCGAGAUGACAUGACUGGAUCUGUUUUAUCAGCAGUUGCAGCUAAACAACUUGGUAUUGAAACCCAUCUUCUACUCAGGUCCAGGUCAGAGAACCUUUCUGAGACUGGUUGUCAUGGCAACAUGUUACUGAACAGUUUGAUGGGUGCAUCCAUGUACUUGGUUCCCAUAAAAGCUCAAGAGAAGUCCGACCUUGAGCCAAGAAUGCAGCGGCUUGCCGACAGACUGCAAGAGGAAAAGGGUAUUAAAGCAUAUUCGAUCCCUAUUGGUGGAUCCAAUGUUGUUGGUCUCCAUGGUUACUUGUGUGGCUGGCAAGAACUCUUAGAACAGGUGGAAUAUUUAGCAUGUUUGAUGGGCGGCUAGGAGAUGUUCUAAUGCAGUCAGCUGGAGAAACACUGGUACAGAACUGGAUGAACCCUGAAGAUGAACCAACUAUUGUAUGAUGAUACAUUCAUCAUACAAUAGUUGUUUAAUGAUACAUUAAUCAUACAAUAGUUGUUUGAUGAUACAUUCAUGAGGCUACGCUUCAUGAAUAUCUUGUACCGCUGGAGUUGAUGUAUGAUACACAUAUGAGGGCAGGCUUCAUGUAUAUUUUAUUUUAAAAAAAACAGUUUAUUGCACAUGCUAUGGAUUCUGCACUAUAAGACUGCAAUGCAUAUCUUGUAACACUGGAGUACACAUGUUGAUGGAUGCUACACACAUGAGGGCAGGAUUCAUGACAUUUUCCUCAAAUUGGAUGUGAAUGAGAAUCUUAAUAUGCUUCAAAUAAACUUGUGUGAAUAGUGUGAGACAAGGUGGCUGCACCAACACUCAGUGAACAUUUUAAAUAUCAUUUGAUUUGUGUUAGGUGUUUACUAUUUAACCCAUAAGCUGGGGUAGAGAUUGGGUGCAAGACCAGGGUGUGUCCACAUGCCAGUUGGCCAUGUGUCAAACAUCUUUCCUUUAUGGGUCCUCAAUUCCACCAAGUCACAGCCAACAUUUGUCCCAGGCAAUGUGUAAUGCAAUUAUACACUCCUUAAACCCCAAUAAUAAAAAUUAGAUGU